GGCAUGUUCCUGACCUUUGGGAAUGUGAGCAAAACUAGCGCAAACCGCGGGGACUGGCUAACCGAGGCAGUGGAACUCAAUGCUAAAGGAGGCAGAGAUGAUCGCAACUAUCUAUGGGUGUCGCUGAAAAUGCGGCCCGAAAACCCGUUUCUGUCCCUGGUCCUGCCCAGCAUACUGAUCAUCUUGGCUGAUGUGGUGAGCUUCGCCCUGCCGCUGGGAGAGAGCAAGCGCAUCCCCUUCAAGGUUAAACUGGUUCUCAGCUUCAUCAUGUUCCUCAACAUCCUCAAGGACCUUCUGCCCGGAGGAGGCCAGUGCAGCCCCAUCAUCCGAAAGCACUUCUGUUUCUGUUUGGUCAUCCUGGUGUUGAGCAUGUUGCAGUCUAUGGUGCUCACACGUCUGGCUAAGUGUGGCACUCUCUGGCCCUGCAGCCGCUCCAAGUCCAAAGACUCACCGCUUAAAGACACAGACAAUGAAGAGGAAUCCAGGCCUGAUAUUACUGUCAUCAAACUGAAAGCCUCAGAGGAAGAGAAUAAUUCACCCCUCCAGAAGGUGGUGAAGUUUCUCAACAAAAUGGCUGCACAAGACCAAAAAAAAGUUAGACACCAUCGCUUUGCCAACAAAGUGGACUUGAUCUGUUUCUGUAUCUAUCUCACCAUCCUCAUUGUUUAUACAGCCGUCAUUUUAUAUUUCUCCUUUGGUUCUCGAUGUGAGAUCGACCAUUUAGAAUUCUGGCAUUAA